AGAGCGAAACUGAGAGGAGCCACCACAACAAAACUUCUCCAACAAUCAAGCAAGUGGAACUACAGACCGGCUUCUCUCCUUUUCACCCCGCAUGGCUGCUGAGUUCUUGCAAAUCUAACUUCAGUGUAAAGUUCUGGUGGUGGAGGCAGAGGGGGGUCUCCGCUUGGAAAAGAUGGACCAUGUAAUAAGGACCAGGUCGCGCUGGAGAAUACCGCUAUUUAUUUGUAUCCUGCUUCACGUAACGACGACGCAAGCUGCUGAUCCCAUUGAUGUUCUGCGAGUGCUGGAUCUGUCAGAGAACAUGGAAGGGGUGUCCUUGGAGGCUGGUCUCUGCACCAGCAGGAGGGGCUUGGAGGAGAGCGACCUGGCCUACAAUAUAGACAAAAAGAUCCAGCUCAGUGCUCCAACCAAACAGCUCUUCCCUGAUUCCACCAAAUUUCCAGAAAAUUUCUCUGUGAUGACUACAGUGCGAGCUAAAAAGGGCUCCCAGUUUUUCCUGCUUUCAGUGUAUGAUGACCAGGGGGUACAGCAGCUGGGGCUGGAAGUGGGACGUUCGCCAGUCUUCCUGUAUGAGGACCAGCAUGGGCAGCCCACACCGGAAUUGUAUCCCAUCUUCAAGAAGAUCGACCUGGCUGAUGGAAAAUGGCACAGGAUAGCCUACAGUGUGCAGGACAAGUCUGUGACCCUCUACUUAGACUGUAAGAGGGUAGAGACCCUGGAUCUGCUGCGAGGGGACAACGCUGUAGUCAGCACAGAUGGUGUCACUGUGUUUGGCACUCGGCUGCUAGACGAAGAUGUAUUUGAGGGAGAUAUUCAGCAGCUACUGAUUCUGGAGGACCCCCAUGCUGCUGCGAACUACUGUGUAGACUACAUACCAGACUGUGACUCUGCGUUGCCCUACAACAGCAAAGCCCUGGUCCUGCAGGAGAACUCCCAACUUGGGUCUGAUGCUCUGAUGCAAAGUGACCAGCCUGAUGAACCAAAGGAGCACUCCAAAAAGGAAAGGAAAGGCAAAAAGAACAAAAAGAAGAGGGACAAGGGCUUUAACAUUAAAGGCAAAGGCAAGGGCAAGGGCAAGGGCAAGAAGAGAUCCAGAAAGAAGAAACAUGAAGAGGAGGGUCUUGAGGAUGGCUUCCUUAGAGUGUCCACAACAUUGCCUGAGUAUAUGUCUCAAGAACCUUUUCAGCCCACCGAGUUGCCAGAUUUUAAGAGCACCCUAGGAACUGUCAUCCUAACUGAAGACUUCGACAAGACCCUCAUGGAGAUGCCCACACGUGAGCCUGACUCUACAACAGAGUCCCCCCCUGUGGUGCCAAGUGCAUUACCUGAAUCAAAGGUUUCUGAGGAGGAGGACAAGCCAGUGAAGAAGCCAGUGAUGGAGGAGCAUGUAGAUGACCUUUACGGAGACCUCUAUGAUGAUCUCUCAGUUUCCACGGUAACAGUGGGCCCAAAUGUUACUGAAUAUGAGCAGAUUCUCGAAUAUGAAGAUUACAAGAAUGACACAGAGUCAGAGUAUGAAGAGUAUGAAAUAUACGAGGACGGCUUUGAAUUUGCAGAGCGGGAAAGAGCAGGGACGUGGGAUGGAGAGGCUAGCCUCAGAGCAGAGAAAGGCCAGAAGGGAGAGCCAGCUAUUAUUGAGCCGGGUACGAUAGCGGAAGGACCCCAAGGUCUACCAGGGCAACAGGGGCUCGCUGGCCCAGCUGGCCCAACAGGCCGUCCAGGACCCAGGGGAGAUCCUGGUGAAUUGGGACCCCCAGGACGUCCUGGUCUUGCUGGGGUUGAUGGGAUUCCAGGUUCUCCAGGAACCCUGUUGAUGCUACCAUUCCAGUAUGGAGGUGAUUCCCAGAAAGGACCUGUGGUGUCUCCCCAGGAGGCGCAGGCACAGGCUAUCCUCCAACAGACCAAGCUGUCACUAGCGGGACCUCCAGGUCCAAUGGGUCUUACAGGGCGACCAGGCCCAGUGGGAGUUCAAGGUCCCUCUGGGCUUAAAGGAGACAGCGGAGACAGUGGCCCUUCUGGACCACGUGGGUUGACAGGCUUACCAGGAAUCAAUGGAAAGCAAGGAAAGAGGGGGCCCGCAGGAGCGGACGGAGGUCGCGGAGCUCCAGGUGAAACAGGCUCUAAGGGUGACAGGGGUUUUGAUGGCCUGCCAGGUCUCCCAGGAGACAAGGGACACAGAGGGGACAGAGGAAAGCCUGGUCCUCAUGGGCCUGUCGGAGAGCCAGGAGAAAAGGGAUCUGAUGGACCUGUGGGGCCAGGAGGGCAACCAGGCGAACCCGGUUCUCGGGGUCUUGUUGGGCCGAGGGGGUCACCUGGCCCACCUGGCCAGCCGGGUAUUCGUGGAACUGAUGGAGUACAAGGGCCUAAGGGCAACCUGGGUCCAGCUGGAGAGAUAGGGCCCCCAGGUCAACAGGGAAAUCCAGGAGUACAGGGCUUGCCUGGUCCUCAGGGUCCCGUUGGAUUGCCAGGAGAGAAGGGUCCCCAGGGGAAACAAGGCAUGCAGGGACUACCGGGCAUUGAUGGCCCUACCGGUCACCCAGGGAGAGAGGGCCCUGCGGGAGAGAAAGGCAUCCAAGGUUUACCAGGCCCUCAGGGGCCUGUUGGGUACCCAGGGACCCGUGGAGUCAAGGGAGCAGAUGGAGUUAGGGGUCUAAAAGGGAGCAAAGGAGAGAAGGGAGAAGAUGGCUUCCCAGGGUUCAAAGGUGACAUGGGCAUCAAGGGAGACAAGGGUGAUAACGGCGCUACUGGUGCUCGUGGAGAGGAUGGACCAGAGGGGCCAAAGGGCCAAGCAGGGCCCCUGGGGGAUGGAGGAGCUAUUGGGAUAGCUGGCGAGAAGGGUAAACUUGGUGUGCCCGGAUUGCCAGGAUACCCAGGAAGACAAGGUCCUAAGGGAUCACUUGGCUUCCCCGGUGUGGCCGGGGCCUUGGGAGAGAAAGGACGAAGGGGUCCAGCUGGUCAGCCGGGGUCUGGGGGCCAAAGAGGUCCUAAUGGAGCCCGGGGGGGAAGAGGAGCAAAGGGGCCCACUGGAAAGCCUGGAGAAAAGGGUUCUGCUGGACAAGAUGGUCCUCAAGGAUCCCCCGGAGAACAGGGCCCCCAAGGACCACAGGGAAGAAACGGUGAAGCAGGACCUAGAGGGCCUAAUGGUCCACCUGGAAAAGAUGGAUUACCAGGUCAUCCAGGCCAGAGAGGGGAACCAGGCUUUCAAGGCAAGAACGGACCCCCCGGGCCCUCAGGUGUUGUUGGACCGCAGGGUAAAUCUGGUGAGACAGGACCAACUGGAGACAGAGGCCAUCCAGGUUCACCGGGACCACCGGGUGAGCAGGGUUUACCAGGAUCAGCCGGAAAGGAGGGUGCCAAGGGAGACCCGGGUCCAUCAGGAGCCUUGGGGAAAAGUGGCCCUGCUGGGCUCCAAGGCUUCAGAGGGAGCAGAGGGACCAACGGUGCAAUGGGUCCUGCAGGUCUGAAGGGAGGCGAGGGUCUACCUGGUGUUGCAGGCGCUAUUGGUGCCACCGGAGAGAGGGGCCCCGCUGGGCCGGCUGGCGCUAUCGGCCAGCCAGGACGGCACGGCGGCGUGGGUCCCGCUGGGCCGAUGGGAGAGAAAGGGGAGCCAGGAGAGAAGGGGCCUGUGGGGCCGGCUGGGCAAGACGGGGAACUGGGACCUGCAGGGUUGCCAGGGGCUGCAGGAUCUCUUGGACCUCCAGGAGAGGAUGGAGACAAGGGAGAGACAGGAGGACUAGGUCAGAAGGGCAGCAAAGGAGACAAAGGAGAAGGGGGACCCCCAGGACCUGUUGGAAGUCAAGGGCCUGUGGGCCAACCAGGACUGCCAGGUGCAGAUGGUGAGCCAGGUCCUCGUGGGCAGCAGGGAAUGAAUGGGGCGAAAGGAGAUGAAGGACAUAGAGGCUUUAAGGGGGCAUCUGGUCCUUCUGGACUACAGGGUAUGCCAGGACCACCAGGAGACAAAGGAGAAAGCGGGCAUGUGGGCUCAAUGGGGCCUCCAGGACAGCAUGGCCCACGAGGCCCCCAGGGGUCCAUUGGUGGAGAGGGCCCACCUGGAAUGACUGGUGGAGUUGGUCAGCCUGGACUUGUUGGAGAGAAGGGUGAGGACGGAGAAGGUGGAGACCCUGGGUCAGUUGGAGAGCCCGGCAUUGCCGGGGCUAAAGGCGAUGUGGGGGAGAAGGGUGACUCUGGCCCUCCUGGUGCAGCUGGGCCUCCAGGAUCCAGAGGAACACCGGGGGAGGAUGGACCCAAAGGCAACCUUGGCCCUAUUGGGUUCCCUGGAGAUUCAGGACCUCCUGGAGAACCUGGCGUCAAUGGAGUAGAUGGUGGACCGGGGCCAAAAGGAGACAAUGGAGAACCUGGCAAAGCAGGACAUGCAGGAGCCUCUGGAGAGCCAGGUCCUACAGGACCUCCUGGACGGAGGGGUCAUAUAGGUGCUGCAGGAAAAGAAGGGAAGCAAGGCAUGAAGGGAGCCAAGGGGACGACAGGAACCCAGGGUUCAGUGGGGAAGACCGGCCCAGUGGGACCCCAAGGGCAGCCAGGGAGGUCUGGCCCAGAAGGUCUCCGAGGCAUCCCAGGGCCCGCGGGUGAGCAAGGGUUAAAUGGGCCACCAGGACAAACUGGACCACCCGGACCAAUAGGGCCACCAGGGCUUCCAGGAUUAAAAGGAGACCCUGGAAACAAGGGAGAUAAAGGUCAUGGUGGGUUGAUCGGUCUAAUUGGGCCCCCAGGAGAACCUGGCGAGAAGGGAGAUAGAGGCCUGCCAGGGAACCAGGGUACACAAGGACCUAAAGGAGAUGAGGGGACGCCUGGCACACCUGGUCCCACUGGCCCACUUGGACCACCUGGACUGUCAGGUGUAGCUGGUGAUAAAGGAUCAAAGGGAGAAACGGGUAUGGUUGGUCCCAGAGGAGAUACAGGCCCUGCUGGCCCCCCCGGACCCCCAGGACCCCCUGCGACAAUGAUUGAGCCCCUGCCUAUCAGGGAGGGCAGGCGGAAGAGACGAAGGCACUCUGACCGUGCAGGAGGAGCAGCCCCAUCCAGAGAGGAGGAUGUGGAUCUGGAUGUGGAGGAGUUCCUCCAGGGAGAUCAGCCUCUAGAGGACGCUGAGGGAAUGGAAGAAGUCUUUGCCACCCUGUCUUCAAUGAAAACAGAAGUGGAGGUGAUGAGGAGGCCCCUAGGAACCUUUGAGAGCCCUGCCCGGACCUGCAAAGAGCUCAUGAUGGUCCAGCCUGACUACAAAGAUGGAGACUACUGGAUUGAUCCUAACCAGGGCUGUCACAGAGACUCCAUCAAGGUCUACUGUAACUUCACAGCUGAUGGAGAGACAUGUCUCUACCCUGACAAGAGGAUUGAGAAUGUGAAAUUAGCAGCGUGGAACAAAGAGAAGCCAGGAAGCUGGUACAGCCAAUACAGGAAAGGCAAGCAGUUCUCCUACAGUGACAGGGAUGGGAACCCUGUGCAUGUAGUUCAGCUGACCUUCCUCAAACUACUGAGCGCCACAGCCAAGCAGAGCUUCACCUAUACCUGUCAGAACUCAGCAGGCUGGUUUGACAGCACAUCCCUCUCCUACCAGCUUGCCCUCCGCUUCCGGGGCAGCAAUGACGAGGAGCUGACACAAGCCAAAAGCCCCUUCAUCAGUGCAGUGCAUGAUGGAUGCCAGUUCCGCAAAGGUCAGGAAAGGACUGUUCUAGAGAUUGACUCCCCCUCGGCAGAGCUGCUUCCUAUUAUAGAUGUGGCUCCAGCAGACUUUGGCAACAGCAACCAGAAGUUUGGAUUCCAAGUUGGACGAGUAUGCUUCAAUGGUUAAAAUAUUGCCAAAAAACAACAAAAAGACCUGCACAGCAAGUUUUUAGUAAAAGAAAUUGGACUUUUACCGCUGCCCCAAGCAAUAUUUAUUAUAUUAUGUUCCUGUAUGUGGUGAGUUUGUUGUAUAUUAUUCAAGACUCUUCAGCAGCCAAUGAAAUAGCUUCUAUGGCUUUACAACAAUAAGAAGAAUGACAAAAAAGAGGACAACUACCAGUGGGAACAAAGCACAUUUACCAAAGGGAAAUAAUCCUAUUAGAUAUGUUUAAUUUUAAGUGUUUUUGUUUUCUUUUUCUCUCUCACUGUUUGAGUGUGCUGCAAUUGAUCCUCUAGGAUUAUGAGGACUGCACCACUUGACGAUGACCACUUAUAAACAAGACAGAUCUGUCCGAUGAGACCAGAAAGGAAUAGUCUGUCAUUCUGCGGUAUGGGUCUUUUCAGACCUUGGAUGAACUAGUUGCUCCCUGAUGUUUUACAAAGACUACAACGAGACGUUGUCAUACUCAUUUGCAUGCUCAGAUUUCACUUUAAUGACAAUUGCAUAGCAAUUGUGAACUAGCCUAGCAUAUUAAUUCCACACAAGCACCGUCAUUAAUGUCCUGUGUGCAGGAAUGAUAAAUUGUCCUUUAUAUCCUUCAACUGCAGUUUGCUCAGUGAAUUACCUUGAUUAGUAUUCAAUAGGCAUAGCUAGUUAUUGAACCCGAAAUUUACUUGAACAGAUAAAGUUGUUUCCUUUAUUGGACUGCUUCCCUCCAUGGGCUUGAUAAUAAGCUUUAUGAGCCCACCAUAUUCCCAAGGACUACAGUACUGUAUAUGUCAGACUAACAUCCAUUCUACUGUGGUAUGGACAUACUAUGACAUACCUCAGCAACUAGGUUGGGGAUAUUCCAGGGCAAGAAUUAAGAGCAUGCUAGUUAAAAUGUUCUCUAGUCUUACAGUAACUGCAGUUCUUUAUACCAAGAGAAAUUUCACGCAUCUCUCGAAAGCAUUUUAUAACUGCUGUUUUCAUGUUUCUGCCCCAUUCAAGAGUUUCUUGUUUUCUCUGUUUUGUUCAUAUGUUGAAAUUUGACUAUUGGAUAUGUUUCUGCAUGUUCAUUUGACAUGAUUUGCUCUUCGGUGCUAUAGAUGAUCCUGUUAUUUUUGUGUCACUGUGUUUGAAUGUCUCUGUGGGCAGGAUUAUAGGGCUACAGAAGGAGAGGGUUAUUGCUCAGCAGCACAAAACAACCUCAGAGGCUGGGCACUAGUCUACUGUGUUUUUUUGCACAUCUUCUGGGUGAUUGUGCCAAUUUCACAGGGCCAGUGAAAGGAGGUUAGGGACAGUUCAGAGCAAUGUGGUUGAUAGCUUUGAAGGCAAAAUUCAUCUUAAACCGAAUUUAUAUCGUGCUGUUUCACUGAUAUUGGAUAGUUAAGCCAGUAUCUAAGAAUACAAACAACUGUCUACUUAAACUAGAAAUUACAGCAUCAGAACUGGAGUUAAAAGUGUCAUCAGGUAACGUGAGAACCUAAUCCAUUGUAGGUUUUAUUAAUAUAUUUCUUUCAAAUUAUCUUUGAAAAUUGUAGAGCCUUGAAUCACAAAUUGUCCUCACAUCCCAGUGCCAUUAUAAAGCCAUGUUAUUCCAUUAUUCACUGUUUGUGGAGCAGCUCCAGGAUUUGUUUUUAGAUGACACUAUUACUACAGCUGUGAAAUAUUACAGAAAUGACGUAUGUAUGUGAAUUCCAUUUUACGCAUGAUUUUCCCUUCAGCAAAUGAAAUCUUAAUGCUCUGUCUAUCUUCUCCGACUCAAACAGUAGGCUGUGUGCCCAGCGUGUGUUCUGUUUCACAGCAUUUAAACAUUCCAGUAAUUAACUCCUCUCUUUCUGUCCCAUCCUGCGCUGUCCCUCCUGUGUAUAUUGUUUGUUGUACUAAUUUUAUAUACUGUACAGUUAUUCUGAGGACUUUAUGAGCAGUAAUCUGCUGCCUGAAUGAAAAACAAGUGUAUUUGUCAAAAAUGGAUGUGCGAAUAAAAAUAAACAAGAAAUCA